ACAUACUGCUUGGCAUGUCUGUGUGACACGUAGCAUGAGAGGUGGCACUGAAACGUAACCGCCUUUAGAACUCCCCUAUCAGAAAACUACCUUGUCUGUUUUCUUUCUCCUUCUUUUCCCAUCUCUGUGUGUAUUUUCAUUUCUUCCAAUCCAAUGAAUGCACAGAGUUUAUUUGCUUCGGCAGCCAUUAACAUAGGUCUGUCAUUGUUUCUCCUCUCACUCUUUUCCAUCUUGAAGAAAUAUUCUUCAAAUUCAGUCAUUUACUACGCUCGUCGUCUUUCAAAACAUGAAAACAUUCAUUUCUCUCCUACUUUCUCCUUUUCAAGUCUACUUCCUUCAGUUUCAUGGAUUCCUCGUGCAUUUAGGGUUUCUGAAGAUGAGAUUCUUCAAAAUAGUGGCCUUGAUGCUCUUGUUGUUAUUCGACUCUUCAAACUCGGAAUAAAGUUCUUCGUAUCGUGCUCAGUUGUUGGACUGUUCAUUCUUCUUCCGGUCAAUUAUACAAGCCAGAAAGGUCCAUCUAGAAGCAGUCUAUCCCAUUCGAUGGACUCAUUUACAAUCUCAAAUAUUGAAAGGGGUUCUAACAGGCUUUGGGUUCAUUUUGCGUGCUUGUGUAUCAUAUCAUUUAACGGAAUGUAUCUACUGCAUAAGGAAUACAAUGAGAUAUUGGUGAGAAGAAGUCAACAUCUUCGCACUAUUAAGCACCGACCUGAUCAAUUUACAAUUCUAGUUCGAGAAAUACCAUUUUGCAGUGAGCACAAGGCUCGUGGGUGCUGUGUGGAUCACUUUUUCUCCAAACUCCAUCCAUAUACUUAUCAGUCCCAUCAAAUGGUAUAUAAUGGGAAGAUUAUCGAGGAUUUGUUGCGUCAGGAAAAGUCUCUUUCAAGAAAAGUUGAGGACCUGAGGCUAAGGUCUAUGACUGAGAAACAUAGUAAGAAGUCCAAAUUGUUCAGUUUAUUUCAAGGAAGUUCUGAAGAAGUUGGGGAACAGGAGAAAAGGCUUCAAGAACUCCGUCAUAAGAUACGCAAUUUGCGACGUGGAAGCGUGCUGAAACAGAGGGAAUUGCCUGUUGCGUUCGUAUCAUUCAAAUCCCGCUGGGGGACUGCAUUGGCUGCUCAAUCUCAGCACCAUGAAAAUCCACUUUUAUGGACUACUGAACCGGCACCGGAACCAAGGGAUGUUUUGUGGAAAAAUCUAUCCAUUCCAUAUCGUCAGUUUCCCCUGUACAAACUUGGGGGUUUUCUUGCAGCUUCACUGCUUACCAUAUUUUUUGCUUUACCAGUCACAGCCGUUCAAGGAAUAGCAAAGUUUGAAUCACUAAAGAAGUGGUUUCCUCCAGCCAUGGCUGUACAAUUGAUACCAGGUUUGAGCUCUAUUGUGACUGGAUAUCUUCCAAGCUUCAUUCUGAACAUGUUCAUAUACGUUGUUCCUUUUGCAAUGCUAUCCCUUGCCACACAAGGAGGUUUUGUCUCAAGAAGCAGGAAAGAGAUUAAAGCUUGCAGCAUGGUUUUCUACUUUCUUGUCGGCAAUGUUUUCUUUUUGAGUCUGCUUUCAGGCUCCUUACUAGAGCAGAUUGGAGAAUCAUUUAUUCACCCUAAAGAUUUCCCUAGUCAUCUUGCAAGUGCUGUCUCUGCUCAAGCAGAUUUCUUUAUGACGUACAUUCUCACGGAUGGCUUGUCUGGAUUUUCGCUCGAAGUUCUUCAAUUUGGAUUAAUGAUUUUGGAUUUUUUGAGAAGCCAUACAUUAGGUCGUGGGGAAGAAGAAAAUCCAUAUCUUUUUUCUAUGCCUUAUUAUAGAGUUAUUCCUUCUGUCUCGGUUUCGAUGCUAAUUGGAAUGGUAUAUGCCAUUAUCGCUCCCCUGCUGCUUCCUUUUCUUAUCGGAUAUUUCUAUCUUGGCUAUGUGGUGUGGGUUAAUCAGAUUCAAGACGUGUACGACAUAGUUUACGAAACUUGUGGAGAGUAUUGGCCACACAUUCAUCAUUACAUAUUUACAGCAAUGAUUCUAAUGCAAAUCACUAUGAUUGGCAUGUUCGGUUUGAAGUCAAAGCCUGCAGCGUCCAUUGCAACGAUACCACUCUUCUUGAUCACGCUGUUGUUUAACGAGUAUUGCAAGAUCCGGUUCCUUCCAACAUUUUCCAACUUCCCUGUACAGGACGCACUAGAAAAUGAUAAAUGCGAUGAGAGGAAUGGACUGACAGAAGUCGAACAUGAGAAUAGGAUUGAUGCUUAUUUGCAACCUUGCAUGAGGCCCAUAAAUUUCUCCCCGCGGGAAUCCAGCUCCACACAGCCAUUAGUUUCUGUAUCAACAUAAUUCCCGCUCAUUUAAUUUUCACAUCUCUUAAUUAAUCCUGAUCUUCUAACCACUUUUUGGUAGAUGAUAUUUAUGGUGAAUAAGAGUCAAGUUUUUACCACUGGCUACUGUUAGUCGAUCCUUAUUCUGGCCUGCACUUGUAUGCUGACAAGAAAACUACUCUCGAGCCAUCCGUGUACACAGAUGAAUGAAGCCCUGGUGUCCAUCCCAACUUGUUCACUUGAUGGAAAAAGCAAGGCAAAAGAAAAAAGAAUGAUUUCCCGUAGUUCCUCUCCGUAGUUUGUUAUGCAUUUACAAGUCUUUAUGUUGCGUUUCAA